GAGCCAAUGGUGGCAAAGCACAUGGAGACCCUUCAGUCCUGGUGCGGUGCUAGCCCGGAUCUCGGUCCCUUGGAGAGACUGUCCAACCUCCUCCUGGUGGAAGGGCUGACCGAUCUGCAGCAAAAGCAGCACGAUUUUGUGCAGAUUGAGGCCACCCGAGGCGCGAGCCGCUUCUCAAAGAAGAUCCCGCUGGAUAAACUCUUCCUGCCGUUGUCCAAAUUCAGCAUCCCUCCCCGCAUCUCGGUGACCGUCGGCGUUGCCGGCGUCGGCAAGAGCACCUCGGUCAAGCUCUUCGUCCACGCUUGGGCCAAGGGAGAGACGGGGAAGGAUUUCGAGUUCGUGCUGCCUCUGACCUUCCAAGAGCUGAACACCUACGACAAACUCUCGGGGGAGAGGCUGAUCCGACUCGCCGCCCCUCAUUUAACCGAAUCGAGCUAUCUCUCGGUGGGCACCUCCCGGACCCUUCUUAUUCUGGACGGUCUGGAUGAAUUUAAGACGCCGUUGGAUUUCUCAGACACCGUCGUUUGCACGGACCUCCAGAAGGAGAUCCAAGUGGACUGCUUGAUCACCAACAUAAUCAGAGGCCACCUUCUACGGGAGGUUUGCGUGUGGGUCACCUCUCGGCCGAUGGCAGCCGGCCAGAUCCCAGGUGGACUGGUGGACCGGAUGACCGAGAUCCAAGGGUUUGGAGAUGCAGAGAUAAAAGACUUCUUGGAUCACCUGUUUGUCGAGAACCAAAACCUAUCCGACAGCGUGAGGGAACAUCUCAAAGCCAACAAGUCUUUGUACACCCUCUGCGCCAUGCCGUCCUUCUGCCGCGUCUGCGGCUCUUCCACGGGCUACGUACUGAAGAAUGCCGGCUGCUCUCCGGACACGUCGGCCCUCCCCAAGACUCUGUCCGAAAUCUAUUCCUAUUACUUUAAAAUGGUGUUGUACAGUGACGGGCAGAAGGAGACCCCCAGGAUAGAGCAAGCGGCGAAUAACAGCAGCAAGAAAAUGAUGAACUGUCUGGGCAAGCUGGCGUUUUACAGUCUGAUCAAGAGGAAGUACGUCUUCUACGAACAGGACAUGAAAGCGUAUGGCGUAGACCUUUCCUCCCUCCACCUCAGCUUGUGCAACAGGCUGCUGCUCAAGGAAGAGGCGCCCUCGUCCUCCGUCUAUUAUUUCCCCCAUUUGUCAUUCCAGGAGUUUCUGGCGGCCACCUAUUACUACGCCUCGGCCAAGCGGGCCCUUUUUGACCUCUUCGUCGAGAGCGGCAUGUCCUGGCCCAAGUUAGGCUUCCUCAACCACUUCAGGAACGCCAUCCAGAGGUCGCUGCAGUCGGAGGACGGGCACCUAGACAUCUUCGUGCGCUUCCUCGCCGGCCUCCUGUCUCCACAGGUGAACAAAGCCCUCUCAGAUUGGCUCCUGGUGAGGGACGAGCACGAGGGCUACCGGAGCCAGGUGGUCAGCCUGCUUCAGAGCCUUCUGGCCGUGGAUCAGGCUGUCUCUUGCAGGACCGUAAACCUCGUGCGCUGCUUACAUGAGAUCCAGCAGGCGGAGAUCGCCACCCACCUCGAGGAGGCUUUGAGAACCGAGAGCCUGGCUGGGAAGUUGACGCCGGCCAAUUGCUCUGCCUUGGCUUAUCUCCUGCAGACGUCCGAACUCUGCAGCAAAGAGGCCAAUCUGUCCGGCUGCCUCAGUUUCCACGCCUUCCAGAGCCUUCUGUCUCAGCUCCUUUACUGCAGUAACCUCAGGCUGGACAACAACCGGUUUAAAGACAGCGCCAUGGAUUUGCUGGGCAGUGUGUUGAGCGGGAAGGAUUGUCAGAUCCAGAAGAUCAGCUUAGCAGAAAACCAGAUCGGGAACAAAGGCACCAAAGCACUGGCCAGAUCCUUGAUGGUCAACAGGAGCCUGCUGGCGCUGGAUCUUCGGAGCAAUUCCAUUGGACCCCAAGGAGCAAAAGCACUUGCUGAUUCAUUGAAAAUUAACCAAUGUUUGCUCUCUCUAAACCUCCAGAACAAUGCAAUCAAGGAAGACGGGACGAAAUCUCUGGCCGAGGCCUUUGCCAGCAACCACACGCUGAGGACUUUGCACCUUCAGAAGAAUGGGGUUGGGCCCCAGGGCUCCAAGAAACUUGCUGAGGCGUUGAAGAAAAACUGGGGCCUGAAGGAGCUCAUACUCUCCGGUAACUGUGUUGGAGAUGCAGGUGCAGCAGCCCUGGCCGAAGGACUGAAAGCGAAUCAUACCCUUUUGACUUUAGAUCUCCAGAGCAGCUCCAUCAGUGACGUGGGGGUGACAGCGCUCACCUGUGCCCUUCGCUCCAAUCGGGGACUCAUCAGUCUCAACCUGCGGGAAAACUCCAUCAGCAAGGAAGGAGCGUGUGAGAUCGCCCGGGCCCUUCGAGCAAACGGCACGCUGAGGAAUUUGGACUUGGCUGCCAAUCUCCUGCAGGACGAAGGGGCCCAGGCCAUUGCGCUGGCGCUGAAGGAGAACCAGGCGCUCACUUCCCUGCACUUGCAGUGGAACUUCCUCCAGUCCAGAGCUGCCAAGGCCCUCAGCCAAGCGUUGCAGUUCAACCAGAGUCUCACCAGCCUGGACUUGCAGGAGAAUGCCAUUGGAGACGAGGGCCUGACCGCCCUGGCCUCUGCCCUGAAGGUGAACACCACGCUCACUGACCUCCACCUCCAGGUGGCGAUGGUUGGCCAGAGCGGGGCCAGGGCCCUGGCGGAGGCCUUGACAGUGAACCACAGCCUCACGACCCUCGACUUGAGAGGAAAUGCUAUCGGGCUGGCAGGGGCCAAGGCAAUGGCAAACGCCUUGAAAGUGAACUGCACCCUCCGCAGGAUCAGCCUCCAGGAGAAUUCCCUCGGCCUGGAUGGAGGCAUCUGCAUCGCCACCGCUCUGGCCGGAAGCCACGGCCUCACCUAUGUCAACUUACAGGGCAACCGGAUUGGCGAGUCGGGAGGCAAAGUGAUCGCCGACACCAUCCGCGCAAAUGCCCCCGAGUGCACCGUGGAGAUUUGAGAAGGACUCUGACGGAGGGUGGCCAGG